CCCACAUCUCAUCUAUGGAGGCCUCGUCGGCCAUGCUGUAUCGUCCCCGCCUGAUGACAUGUUCGUCACCUUUCAGCCAUCCGGCUGGGGCGGUGAGGUGUCUGUUGGAGAGGGCCCACAGGCCGUCGCCGGAGAAAAAGGACAUGACACACAUCCCCUAUAAGGUAAGAUGGGCGGCACGCAGCGUAGCUAGCUGCGAUAUCUAGAUAAACGAGCCGCUCGUCAGUCAGGUGCAAUCAAUGACUCACUCAUUGAGUGGCUGUGUUGAUGUGCAGGUGCAGAGGACGCCAUCAGGGAACCUGCCUGUGUAUCCUUUGAUUCGCAACCAUGGCACAUACGUCACCACCAAAGUGCGGAAGGUCUUCGGCGACAUCCAUGUGAGCCGCUGUGAGUGGGCUUCGUCUGGACAGAUCUCAUGCGGCACUGACUGAGUGGAAUGACUGUCAGUGCGCCUGUGUGUGUGCGCGUCAGGCGUUUCGAAAGGAGCUGCAGACCGUGUGUGAGGCGCCUGUGAGGAUCCGUGCGGGGCUGCUGGAGAUCAAGGGCCUUCAUGUGUUGAAGGUCAAGGGAUGGCUCACAUCUCUCGGGUACGAUGGAUGCAGCCGUGAGCAGCACUCACUGAACCGUUGGUUGCCCUAUCGAUGACGUCGCCCUUCCUUUCCUGUCGUGUUUGUUCUGUAACUGUUCAGAUUCUGACUGACUGCAGCUGACGAUGUGGAGAUCCUGGGAGACUUACUGUGCUGUGUGAUCGGUUGUGUGUGCUAGGAUUGACGAUUGUGCGACUUGUUCACAUCGUCAAUAGUGCACAUUAGCGUGGACAUGAGUUGACAGACACACACACACACACACACACACAGAGUCCUCUGAAGCGUAAAUGCAAUCCACCG